AUGGGCAUCUGCACGAGGCUGAAGACGGCAUAUGUUUUAGGGUGCUCAGCUACAAAGGACUUUGUACUGCACUUAGCUGGCUGGUGGGCUCGAUGGAUCGAUCAAUUUUAUCCACCCACAUCCCGAGUGGCGAAUGAUAGAUCAGUGGUGCGCUUAUUCGUUCCAGCUAUCUCCUUAGAAACUUUUAUACGUGCCUCGACUACUGUAUCUAGUUAUAGAGGAAUUGCCUUGGAAAAUCCAUGUCAUACUCUGCAGCCGUGGUAUGCCACUACUAUACGAAAAUGA